UGGGAGAAGCUGCAGGCCCUGCCGUGCCACUUCACCUGGCACCUCGAGGUGAUGGAGAAGGCAGAAGUCGCCCACCACCUGAAGACGCUGGCUCUCAAGGCGGAGCACACCUUGUACCACGCUCGUAGCACUUACAUUGCCAUGAAGGGGUAUUUGCACCACCUACAAGGGUCCCCCAAAGAGGCUUUGCAUGAACUCUGGGAUGCAGAAGAUACUCUGAAACAGGAUCACCUGACCAACUUCUCCCGCCAUGCCCUGCUGAUUUAUGGGAACUACGCCUGGAUUUAUUAUCACCUGGCCAAUUAUGAGAUGGUGGAGCUCUACCUGGGCCGGAUCCACGAGAUCUGCCGAUCCCUGUCCAGCCCCGAGCCGUACUCUGCCCAGAUCCCUGAGAUCCACGCACAGAAAGGCUGGUCCCUUCUGGCCUUGGGAUUCCGCAACGGGGAAGAGGCCAAGAAGUGCUUCCAAAUGGCACUCCGAGGGGACGAGUCCAACCAAGAUUUCCAGGCAGGUCUGGCCAUCUCUGUCUUCGCCUCCUGGGCUCACGCUCAGAGAAGCGACCUUUGGAAAGAGGCUGUAAGACUGAUGGAAAAAACUCUCCAUGCCCAGCCUCAAAACUGUGAUGCCAAAGUGUAUUUGGCCAUUCUGCUUCAGAAAACAGACGAGCAAAGAGCAAAGAGCCUGGUGGAGGAAGUUGUCCAGGGCAGCCUUGACCCCGAAGUCCUGAGAAAGGCUGCUAAGGUGUGUGAGCCGAGCUCCCUCUCUCGAGCCAUCUCCGUUUUGCAGCACGGCCUCACCCUGGCUCCCAGCUACCACCUGUUGCACUGCGACCUGGGCGUCUGCUACAAGAAGCAGGCCGAAGAGGCACCUCCAGAGGAGAAAGAAGAAAUCCUGGCAGCUGCUGUCAAGAGCUUCAAGCGAGCUGUGGAAAUGGACCCUCAGUCUGUCUCUCCCAAGUUGGAGCUGGCUAAAAUCUACAGAGAAAAGGCCCCACUUUACACCGAAGAGAUUUAUCAGAACCUGCUGGAGGAGCCGCAGAGGGUCAGUAAACGUGGCCAGCAGGCCAUCUAUCUGCACUGGGGGGACCUCCUCCUCUACAAGAAGGGGCUGAGGCAGGAGGCGCUGGAGAUGUACGAAGCAGGCCUCGCCAUCCCCAGUGGCCAUGAGAAGGAGCGGCAGCAGCUCAGGGGGAGGCUGGAAGCGCUGGCCCAGAUGUGCGAGGAAGACUCUGAAAGGGAUCUAGCAGACGCUGUGCAUGAGAUUCUUCACCUGCAACCCAAAUCUGAGAAGUAG